AAAAUCCUAAUUUGGAAGUUGGGAUUUUCUCUCUGGAUUAGAGAGAGAGUAGUUGUGGAGAGCUGGAGGGGCAAUCGCGUAUCCUGCAAUCACGUUUGCACCAACUCUUUCCCCUAACCUAUACGGAUGCUAAGAUAACUGGACUAUAGCGGCCGAUCCACGAUGGGCUUCUAAAUCGCUACUAAAUCGAGGUCCCAUUACCAAAUCUUGCCAUGGGACGCGCUCAAAUCACAUCUUGGUUUCUGGAGGUUGUCUCUCUUUCGACUGCACGAUAUUCACAAAUUCGAAAACUUGAUCGUAUAUUAUCUGAAGCUUCUUUACUCGAUUGUGCUUCGAGACAAGACCGGUACUUUUGGUGUGCUUGUCCUUUUGACGUGCAAUUGCGCGUACCGAAUAUCUUAUUUCUUUGCACGAUGAUGCCAUGACUGACAAGCAGAGGAAUCAGGGCAAGGUUUGGAUCCUAUCUCCAGAGCGAAAAGAAACUAUCUUCAAGCAAAGCAUGACAGUCCUCGAAGGCGACUUCAACAUGGCUAGCAACGAAAUGCUUAUGAAAUAUAGUAUAUAAGCCAGCAAAUUUCACGAAUCCUUCCAUUAAUCUUUUUGCUCUUCAAUUGCUCUUCAAAUCGCUGAUCCUGCAUUAGAUGAUAUACAAGGAGCAGAGAAAAUGAUGUCAGAUGCUCCACCAGCCCACUACGUGGUCAAGAUACAAUCAUACUCAUUGCUUUCGAAGAACUCUGUGGACAAGUAUGAGUCCGGGGUCUUCCAAGCUGGAGGCUACAAAUGGAAGCUGGUUCUUCACCCAAAUGGGAACAAGAGCAAGAACGUAAAAGAGCACGUUUCUCUUUACCUGUCGAUGGCAGAAACAAGCUCGCUCCCCUCAGGUUGGGAAGUUCAUGCGUUAGUUAGAUUCUUUCUGCUUGACCAGAACAAAGACAGUUACUCGAUAAUCCAAGGAACGGAAUGGCGCUUUCACAGGAUGAAGCUUGAACAUGGCUUCGACAAAUUCAGUUCCAUGAAGACGUUUAGUGAUGCGCAGAACGGAUAUCUCGUGGAUGAUACUUGUGUGUUUGGGGCGGAGGUUUUCGUGAUGAAGGAAAAGAGCACUGGCAAAGGAGAGAAUCUGUUGAUGGUAAAUGAUGCGAUCAGUCAGAAGCACACCUGGAAGGUCGACAACUUCUCGAAAUUGGACAAGGAAUUCUCCGAGUCGAAAGUAUUCAUAGCCGGAAAUCAGAAAUGGAAGAUACGGCUCUAUCCAGGCGGAAAGGGCAGCGGACUCGGAGCUUUUGUCUCUCUUUAUUUGUUAGCCGACUCGGACACCCUUCCUCCUGGCACUAAAGUAUUUGCAGACUUCUCGCUGCGCAUCCUGGAUCAGCUUCAAGGAAGGCAUUUCUCUGGAAAAGCUAAUCACUGGUUCAGCACCUCGAGCGAGGAGUCCGGUUGGGCGAGAUUCCUUUCGCAUGCCACCUUCUAUUAUCCCAACAUGGGCACUUUGGUGAAGGACAUUUGCCUGGUCGACGCAGAGGUCACGGUCCUGGGCGUGGUGAACGCUCUGUGAAGUCGCCAUUCUGUUAAAGAUCACACUGUCAAUCAGUAGUAUUGUUGUGAAUAUUUGCAUACCAGCACUGAAAUGAUACAGACUGUUUCCAGUUUGCUUGAUGUACAUGACUUAACAAGACAAUACUAAAAUUGAAAAUUGAUCCAAAA